AUUUCUGAGAAACCGGCCACAACAUUCACCGCAGCACCCACCGACCCAGCGGCGCAGAACGCGCCCGCGCCCGCGGGCAGCGCGACGGGCGAGCCCAGCGCAAGCGCAAAGGCCACAGCCGGUAUUCUUCCACUAUAGCAUCGCCGUUGCAGAGCGUGUUGUUCACGAGACCAUCCGUCCAUGCCUCUCCUCUCCCCGAUGGCCCCCUCGAUCUCGGCACGCCAGGAUGGUCCGCUGCCCUGGCGUUCGCGCCCACGCGCAGGCAAGCUCCCAAGGCGAAGCCGGCCGUGCCCCGGCUUCCGGUCGGGGCCUCCGUCACCGUGGCAAAUGCAGCGGGAAUGGCUGCUGCGACUAUAUCCAGUACCGCGGUCGUUUUUGCACCGCCGGCGCUCGUGGAGCCGUCUACAAGCAAGCCGGAGGCUCCUCCUCAAUCGGGGGCUCCCGGCCAGGGAUGGGGCCGCAAAGUCAAACCGCCGUCUAUGAUAUUGGACGAUGACAUCAACGGCUUCAAGUCUCAAAAGGGCGGAAAACGCGAGGGUGGCAAGAAGAAGGGUAAGAAGAAUAAAAUACAACAAGCGCUUGUUGUUUGGGAUCCCACUGAAGUUUACGACCCAAUGCGGCCCAACGACUACAAUGAGUUCAAGAUGUGGCAACGCAAGGAGCGUGAGGAGCGCCGGGAACGCGCCCUGGAAGAGAAGCGACGCGGUGAGGACCGCAAGCGCAUCCGGCGCAGCAGCAGUUACUCGGACAGUAACCGCAGCGCCUCCGAAGACGAGCGUCCUCGCAAAACAGGUCGCUUUGAAGAGCGAGAAGAGGCGGAGGAAGAGGAUUAUCGACCGCGCGGCAUAGGCAGUUCUUCGUCGACCACCCGCCCUCCGCCGGCACCCAUGCCCGUCGACUUGUCCGGAGACGAAGCAUACCAGCGGCGUCUGGCGCUAUCCCAAGGCAUCCGGCCUACCGAACCCGUAGGGCCCAGCUUCACAAGCCCGCCGCCUCCCUCGUUCUCGUCCAGCUCCGGGCCUUCGUUCUCCAGUGGCCCCGCGGCUUCCUCCUCAUUUUCCACUAUGCCACCGUCAUCUUCGUUCACACUGUCAGAGGGUGGUAGCGAUGACGUCCCCGGCCUCGGCCAUGCUCCUUCCGCGUUCGCAGCGGCGCCUGCACCACCGCCUGCAAAUGCAUUUGUGCAGUCAGGUGAAGAGGCCUAUCUCCGCCGCUUGGCGCUGUCCCAGCAGGCCGCGCCGCCACCUCCUCCGCCUAAUGUACCCAGCGCAGUGCCCUUCAUUAGUCCUCCACCGGCAUUUACACCGUCCUUCCCUCCUCCGGCCGUGCCCCCUUCGCCAGCAAGCGCCCCAGUGCUCACAGAAGACAAAGUCCGCAGCAGCAAGAACGCCGCUGCAGCGAUCGCCGCACGGCUCAGCGCGCUUGCUCCCAAAGGUGGAUUCGCGCCUCCCCAGCCUGCCAGCGCCGGCUCAAGCGCUCCUCCCGAAGAGAGCUCCGAGUCUUCGAAGAAACCGGACCCACACAAUUUCGCCGCGCGCCUCAUGGCGAAGUGGGGCCACAAGGAGGGCCAGGGUCUAGGGGUCGACGGCACGGGCAUCGUGCACGCGCUGACGGUCGAACAGGUUGCACAAGGCAAGAACGGCGGCAAGGGAAAGGGGAACAAGGGGAAAGGGAAAGGCAAGGGCAGCGUCCCCGCGGGCCCCCCUGCGAUCGGCGCGGCGCCGAACGCGGCGAAGAUGGGCAAGAUCGUGAACCGGAACGAGGAUGCGAAGGGGCGCGAGGACCGCGAGCGGUUCGGCGAGCCGAGCCGCGUUGUGGUGCUCACGAACAUGGUCGGGCUCGAGGAUGUCGAGGACGAGGAGCUGAGGGAGGAUAUCGGCGACGAGUGCUCGAAGAAUGGCACAGUCGAGCGGGUCAUCGUCCACGCCGUCUACCCGCCCCAGGAGAACCCCGAGGAAGCAGUGCGCAUCUUCGUGCUCUUCGGCGGCCCAGUUGGCGCGUGGAAGACCGUGCGGGAGCUUGAUGGACGGUACUUCGGUGGCCGAAGCGUCCGCGCCCGCUAUUUCCCCGAGGCUCAGUUCAAUGCGGCUGAUCUGGACGGGCCAUUGUAAAUGACGUCUCUGCUGUAUACGUCGCUGUGGUUGUCUGGUGCUUUUCUGUUGUUGCGACGUGGUCCAUAUCUAUCUGUGUUGUACGCAUGGCAUGAAGCAGCGUCUGCUACACCAGCAUUAACGUCCACAUGUCCGACAGCGGCCUACGAGUU